AUGUCCCUCAUGGCAGUUUCGACCCUUACAGUUGAAAAAAUUUUGGCUGCCGUUAUGAAAGUGCUGCAGUCUAAAGACAAGAUCGAGCUGGAUACGGGAUUCUCGGUGGAUGUAAUCACCAUUAGACGACCUGUGGGUGCUAGACGGAACAGGAAAGUAGUGAAUAUCUCCAUGGAUAGACUAGAUAAGAAAUCUAUUUUGUCUAUUCCCUAUGACGACGAAGGACUCUGUUGCGCUAAAGCAAUUGUGUAUGCGUUGGCGCAUCUGAAUAAGGACACGACUGCCAUCAAUGCCAUGAAAGAUCGUCGCCGACCAGCUCUUGUGAAUCGUGCUAAAGAGCUCCAUACGGCCGCGAAUGUGCUUCUAGACCCUUGCACAUUUGCGGAAAUUGCCACGUUCGAAGACCAUCUGGAUACUCAAAUUGCCGUCUUUUCUUCGGAUAAUUUGAACCGGGUGGUCUAUAAAGGGAAAGAGAGGGCACAACGGAUCAAUUUGUGGCUUCACGAUGGGCAUUAUGACGUCAUCAAAUCUCUGAAAGGAUUUUUCGGUAGCGACCAUUACUGCACGUCCUGUGAAAAGGCCUAUGAACAUCCGGAAAACCACCGAUGUGCCAAUGCCUGCCCCAUAUGUUUGAGGACCGACUGUUUCCAGGCGUGCCCCCAACGAUGUCAGGAUUGCGACCGUCUCUGCCGAUCCGAUGCCUGCUUUGAAGCACACAAAGCCCUGACUGGAAAACAAGAGUUUUCACUUUGCGACAGGGUAUACCAGUGCAGGGAAUGCUGCCAAGUGAUUCGGAGACGCGAUUGCCCUAAGGACCUGCAUAGGUGUGGCACCACCAAAUGCCCUUCUUGCAACCAGUUUGUCGUGGCUGCUGAGCACCGUUGCUAUUUGCGACGUGUUGUCCCGAAGAAGUCCGAGGAUAAGCUCAUCUUUUUUGACUUUGAAACGGACCAGUCUUCGGGGGAGCAUCUUGUGAAUUUCGCGGUGGCUCAGUAUGCCGACGGCACAGAAAAAGUGUUUCCAGGAUACGCGGCAUGCCGAAACUUCUGCGCCUGGCUGUUUACCACACAGCACAAGGGCUUCACCGCCGUGGCUCAUAACAUGAAAGGGUUCGAUGGGACAGUUCGUGAUGGCCUGGCUCCUGGAGCAAGGCACAGCGCCGGAGGUGAUCCCUAA